CCAUGAUUAAGUCAAUAAGGCCGCCUGACGCGGUCCAGACUAUAAUUGCCUAAUCGUUUGAUACAAAUGAAACCACUCGACAAGUCCGUCGAAAGAGGCUCGUGGGACAACAACCAUGUCUACUUUAGCACGGUUUAUUUUGGCUUUCGAGGUUUUAGGGAUAUGCCAAGCUGUCUGCCCGCCAACGGGAGGAGUCACAACCGUGAUAAACGACGUCCAUUAUUGGGUUCCUCCGAAACAAACGACAUUUCAAGAGGGCAACGAUCUUUGUCAAGAGAACGGAAUGACCUUGGCCAGUGUAACAACUUCGGCCAAGGUCAAUCAAGUUCUACAAGCCGCAUCGGGUCCGGGAAGUUAUUGGGUGGGAAUCUACAAUCCCAAUCAUGAUUGGCUUGAGUGCCAAAAUGAAGGGUGCCAAUCUCGAUUGUUUACUGUCUAUGGGCUAGUUUUGAACUAUUACGGUUUGAACGUCCCAAUUGUUGUUAAAAAAAACUACAAAUGCCUUGAGCUAAGCCAGAAUUCGUCCUUAUUAUCUCAAGACUGUCAAGCACUUCUUCAACCAAUUUGCGAGGUCGAUUGCUCUCCUAAAGAUCCAUGCAACCAGCCCCACCCAGAUAUGUAUCCCUUGCACGGACGAUGGGUUCUCAACUUUCUCAUCACCAACAAUAAUGGGAAAUCAUUUGACGACAUCAAAGCCACUUGUCAAAGCCAGAAUUCCCAAGUUACUUUCAUCAAAGAGGUCAGAGAUUUGUGGAACCCUGACUGGCUUGCCAAGCAUAAAGGAGGCCCUCACAAUGAAAUUUACAUUGGGUUGGAUCCAAGCAGCUUGCCAAAAGCUUGCACAGAAAGAGAGUGGAUCGACACCUGUGAGGGCUUGCGAUGGUUGGAUGGCACACCUUAUGAUAGGAAUGUGGUUUCUUGGGGAGUAGAGACCAAUGGGCUGGCCUCAGUGGGCUGCUUCAUUGUGACCAAUUCCAGCACGGGCCGAAAAUACAUCAAGGGAGUGAACGAUUGUCAGGUGCAAAGAUCCAGCUCUUGUGUUAGUGACUGCAUGUAUACCAGGUGCCCGAUUUCACGCGAUAUUGAGAACGGCAACAGCGAUCGGGAUAGGUACCGGCAUGUCCAAAAAGACAAGAUCAGGUUUGUAUGAAUGGCGUUUGGUUUAAAUUGGGUAUUACUUUUAAUGUGGCUUUCCAUAAUUACAAUGACUAGUGCGUUUCCGACGAUCAAAAGAUAUUGGACAUGUUUCCGUUUGAUAGGGACUUAUGAGCUUCUCGAGCUGAUGUAAAAUUGCAAAAACUGUCAACGACAUGCGGAUUAUUUUACUUGUUGGAUAUGAUUGGUACUACAAUCAAUUUAAUGAUUUUAGCUCAUAUGAAAUAUGCAUCCUAAUGCCUUUUGAUUAACGUUGGGUUUAUAGUUGUGUGGACUGCGAACGGAAGCAAAUAUUGCUUAGCGUAUACUUUAUAUGAAAUAAGCAUUUCACUGGAUCUUAAGAUGUUGUCAAAUAAAUGAACUUGGCCAUGUUUGAGCCCAAAGCCUUGCUUCGGGUACUCAGGAGA